AUGCCUGGAGAAAGAGAAGAUGUUAUACCACGUAGUGAAUAUCUACGUGUUAAAGAACGUCUUCGACGUAGCGAAUCGGAGAAGAUGGGUCUCAUGAUGGAUCAUUCAAAUUUAAUGCAAGAUAUGGAUCUUAAAUGUUCUCAGCAAUUACAAGAAAUUCAACGAUUGCGACAAACCAAUGAAAGAUUACAGGAUGAAAAUGAGGAAUUGUUAAGUUUAUUGAAUGCCCAACCGGAAGAAAAUGGCCAUCAACAAAAUCAUCAUUCUAAUUCACAAUCCAAUCAGCAAGAUAGUGAGCAAUAUGCCAACCGCUUGGCUAGCCAGGAAGAUAAGAUUGACGAGCUCAUCAAUGAAAAUCGAAUACUAAAAGAAAUAUGUACCUACUUAGAUAAUCGUCAUCAAUCUAACUUAUCCAGCUAUCCUCCUUUAUCUCAAGCAAGUCUUGAUUUAGCUAAUUCAUUAGAUUUAACAUCAAUUCCUAAGCGCCAUCCUAGUCAAGACAACCAUAGUCCAUCUCAUAUCAAUUAUCCAUUGCCGACGCCAUCGAGCUCAAUCCAAGUGUCCCAUCUUGAUCCUCCUCCUCCCUCAUCUUCUUCAUCAUCUUCGUCACAAGAAUCAAAUGAUUCAUAUGAUCAAACCGCUAGUGUACCAACAACAAAUCAUGCCGGUUAUAGUCCAGAUUUCAUGAACGAACUGAAACAUCGGAUAUCUAGCUUGAAACACGACGAUGAUGAUGCAGAAUCAGUAAGAACCGAGAAGGAUGAUGAAUUGCCAAGAAUUAGAACAAGUAAUGUUAAAAAUGGAGCCGAUGAUGUAUUCGCUAACCCGCUACCACCACCGCGGUUACGAAAAUCUUUUAGCAAUGUUGAAAGUGCACCUAGAUCAGGAAUUUUAAGAAAGUCAACGUCCCUAGGCUCGAAUGAAGGAUAUUUAAACAGUCGAAGCUUGACACCGUCACCCAAUUUGGCUUCGAAUAAUUCAAGUAUCGAGAAUAUUCCUACACCGGUGGUGGCAAGAAUGAAUGUUAUACCUAGAAUGCUGCCUAAGCCGACAAUUGUAAAUGGAACCAGUAUAAAUACUCAAGCUAGCUCUUACUAUGCCAAUAAUAAUGGUAACUAUGGUACUGAUCUGUAG